AACUAAAAACUAAAAAGUUACAAUCUUCAAGAUUUAUAGACUACAACAUUUUAUACAAUUUAUUAUUUUAUAGCACUGGCCGCUGACUUGUGAAUACCUGAAUCUGAUCAAGUUAAAUUAUUAAUAUUUAAUGAUUAAAAUUCAAUCAACUACUACAAGAAAAUGUUUUUUUAUUAGUACCUAACUAGUAAGUAAUAAGUACCUACUACUUAUAAAGUACUAAAACAGGUCUUGUAAAUACUAAAGUCAUAAACACGCUAAACUCUCAGACAUUAUUUUUAAAUCUUAAUCGAGAACAUCAUAUUAUAAUAGUCUCAAUAGAAUUUUUAAGUUUCGUUGUAAAUCGUGAUACUGCGGGCAAUUGUAAUAAUUAAUAACUUAUGUCUUAUAUAAGUUAAUAAGUUAUUAUUAAUUCUAUUGUAUAAUUCUGAUUACAGUCUACCUCCGUAAUUUUUCGACACAAUUAGUUUAGUAACAUAUUAAUUGAUAUUAACAGUUUACAGUACAUAUUACUACAGCUGUUGCAUAAAGUUAAAAUACUAACACAUUAUUAAGUAUUGAUUUAUUGUGUGUCUAGUCAUAAGGUCGGUGUCUGUACGUCGUGCGUCAACUAUUGUUUGUACUGUGCAACAAUUUUUAUAUCGCAGCUAAUCUUAGUUAACGCUGUCGUAUUGACACCUCUCAUAUAAACGAUCAAUUUGCUGACACUUGUGCGCUGUAAUUGUGUUGUUUCAAAUUCACUACUGCCAAUCAGUGAAAUACUUCUGGUGCCACUUUAUCCGUCCUAUUUGGUGUUCACUGAUGAUGUCUGAAACCGGCAGCUCUAGUUCUAAAGAGGAAAAUCUAAAAGAUGAAUCCAUGUCAAUUGUACGUGAAUGUGAUGAUCAGCAGCAGAAUACAAUUUUAACUGAAAAUGUAACAGUGAAACUUGAAAACCAAAAUACUGAGUCAACUUCUGAGGUUCAAUCCAUAACAUAUGAGUUAGACGAAGAUGAAUGUAUUGAUGAUGAUUUACCAGAGGGAUGGAUAAAAUGUAAUCAUGACAGUGGUAUGCCAGUUUAUUUAAAUGAAGAAAUGAAAGUUUGUUCAUUUUCAAAACCAUAUUUUCUCGGGGUUAAUAGUCUUAAGAACCAUAAUAUUCCAGUGGCAAAUAUUCCUUGUUUAGAUUAUAAACUAAAGUUACAAAAAAUGAAUGCGGAAAAUAAUGAAGAGUUGAACAAAUGUCCCAUAACAUUAAGUCAUGAACAAUAUCGAGAAUAUUGUAGUAAAAUAUUCAAAUUUAAAAAUAUUAAAUUUAUGAGAUUUAGUUCUUGGGAUAAGCGACGUGAAUAUAUUAGAAUGGUAAAAGCUGAUCGAAGGCGUAAAGAUCUUCCAAAAUUAAAAGACAAGUCUCAUUUAAUGUCGUUUCCAGUUCAAGAACCAGAUGUUAAAAGUGAUUGUAAUACAUCCAAUCCCGAAGAUCAAUGGACUAUUAAUUUAAAUGGUAAAAGCUAUGUUAGCAUAUUGCAUGAAUACAUCCAACGUGUACUCAAAACUCAGCCAUCAUAUGAGUUUAAAGAACUUGAAAAUGCCAGGUAUCCUUACUUAGCAACAGUAAUCCUAGAUGGCAUGCAAUAUGGUAUUGGAAUUGGUUCAAGCAAAAAACAAGCUAAACUUGAUGCUGCUAGAGCUACACUUGAAAUUCUAUUGCCGUCUGUCAAAAAUCAUAUCCAAAUUAACCGUAGACAUGCAAUGAAUGAACGUCAAGGUUGUAGUAAUUUUGAUGGAGAUGUACUUUUUGAUAAACUAAACAUUAAAGACUCCAGAAUACCAGAAUUUUGUGCUCAAGCUGCCGAAUCUAUGCCGUAUGAUAUGUUGCAGAUUUGUGUAAAAAGAAAUUUUGGCGAAGAUGCAUGUGUAAAGUGUGAAAUGCAAAGUAUGCAAAGUGGAUCUGACUCUGACAUUUUUUAUCGUUGCACCAUGACAGUUAAGGAACAUUCUGCCACUGUUAUUUGUAAAAAUAAACGUGAAGGACGUCAAAAAGGAGCACAAGCUUUAUUAAAGGUGUUACACCCUCAUAUUAAGUAUUUUGGGUCUUUAUUAAGGCUGUACAGCCAUCAAAAUGUUGGAAGUGGCUGUGAGAAAAAACUAGACGAACCUGGAAACCAAAGCCCAAAGCCUAGAAGUGGUCCAAAUUAUGAAAUACUGAAAAAAUUGAGAGCAGAAAUGUCCAAACUAUAAUUGUAUGAUUAAAAAAAAACUUAAAUUGACAAACAUGAUUUUUAUACCGUGAAGUAAUUUUAGUGUAGAAUAAAUUGUAUUAUUUAAUUAUUUAAUUCCUAAAGUACCUAAAUCAUUAAAGACCAUAAUACAAUUAUGCAAAUUUAGAUUUUAUUUUUUAGAAGCUAUUUUUUUUUUACUUGAUCAAUUCCUUAUAAUGACUAAAAUUAAUUUCAUAAAUAAUAUUGUUUCCUUAGUAUUAGAUCCUUACUCUUGCUGUAUUAAGUCAAUAACCAGUUUUUCCAACGCACCAUAGCAACCGUGCUUAGCAAAACAGACGUUUCAUCAUUUGUUAUCAUUUUAAUAUGGUAUGAGUAUAGGUCCUAACAAUCUUUGAGUGAAGUGUAUCAAUCCUCUCUCAAAUGUAUUCUUACUAUAAGACUGUAUAAAUACAAAAAAUGCACGAUUACUCAAUUGAAAAACCUUUUUCUCUAAUAAAUUUAUUUUUAUACUCACUUACACAAGUAAUCAACAUUACACCAGUAUUUUACUGUUAAAUUUUAAAAAUAAAUGUAAAAUAUAAAUACCCAUAUUGAAACCAGUGGUGGUUUUGAGGGUGAGGCACCGCCUCACUUUUAAUUUUCAGGAAAAUAAAUAAUAUUUGUUUCUUUA